CCCGUGUAAAAAGUAAACAUUGAAAUUUUAAAUUAAAUUCGUGAUUUUAAUGAAAUUAAAUACUUUUAAGCAAUUUCAAGUGAAUUAUUGAGUUGUUAAAGUUCCAGUAGUGCAAAAUAUAAGUGAAAUUCACUUUUUUCAUUUUGACCUUUAUUGACCGAAAAAGAAGUUUUGCUCUGAAUUGGAAUAUUUAAUAAGUCACAAUUCCCAAAGCAACGUUAAUUAAGCAAUCAUCAAUGGCCAAGGACGAGCCAGAUGAUGACACGCUGCCUGAUAAGGAUGCAGCAAAAGGAUUCUAUGCAAAAUAUGAGCCAAAGGAGGUUCUUGGACGUGGUAUAUCAUCUGUUGUUCGUCGAUGCAUAGACAAAGAGACCGGUAAAGAAUAUGCCGCAAAAAUUAUCGAUUUGGGUGCAUCGGAGCAUAAUGAUUGCCGUCAAAUGCUCGAAGCAACACGUCAAGAGAUUAACAUAUUGAGGCAGGUUAUGGGUCAUCCAUAUAUCAUUGAACUUCAAGAUGUGUUCGAAUCCGAUGCCUUUAUUUUCCUUGUUUUCGAAUUGUGUCGUCAUGGUGAAUUAUUUGAUUACCUUACUUCAGUAGUUACGUUAUCCGAAAAAAAGACACGUUACAUUAUGCGACAGAUAUUUGAGGGCGUAGAUUAUAUUCAUGCACGUAACAUUGUGCACCGAGAUCUGAAGCCGGAAAAUAUUCUUCUAGAUGAUAGUUUAAAUGUGAAGAUAACAGAUUUCGGCUUUGCUCGUCAUUUGAACGAUGGCGCGAAACUUUAUGACUUAUGUGGAACGCCUGGCUAUUUAGCACCUGAAACACUUAAAUGCAACAUGUUUGAAGAUGCACCCGGCUACUCAAGAGAAGUUGACAUGUGGGCGUGUGGCGUCAUAAUGUUCACAUUGCUUGUCGGGUGUCCUCCAUUCUGGCACCGAAAACAGAUGAUUAUGCUUCGUAAUAUCAUGGAAGGAAAAUAUAGUUUUAUGUCACCCGAAUGGUCCGAUAUAUCAGAGGACCCAAAAGACUUAAUCAGAAAAUGUCUUGUGGUUGAUCCCGAGAAGAGAAUCACCGUCCGAGAGGCGCUCAAGCAUCCAUUCUUUAACACAGUACUUUUUGAGCAAGACAUUACACCACUUAAACGAACAUUAUCGGCCAAAACAAGACGUUAUAGCCGUAUCAACGAUUUAGCUGUGAAUAAGAAUAAGGAGAUAGCAUGUAAAUCCACAACGACGCCGUCUGAGAUUGAACAGACGAGUAUUAGUUUAAGUAAUGAGACUGAGAGUAUUAAAGUACAGGAUGGGAAGAAACACGUCAAUAUUGUUAUAUCAUAUAUUGAGCAAAAAGAGGACGAUGGAAUUGAACAAUCGAUGCGUCGCCAAAGCCAAUUCAAUGCUAAAAAGAAGUUCCAAUUUGCUAUAUUAACUGUUCGAGCUAUGAUCAGAAUACAACGAUUGCGAUACACACCUGAGCCACUCGACAUUGAAGAAGCAUUACGCGAUCCAUACAGGGUUAAAGUACUUCGUAAAGUUAUUGAUGCAUGUGCUUUCCGCGUUUACGGACAUUGGGUCAAGAAGGGUGAAGGACAGAACCGAGCCGCACUCUUUGAGAAUUCACCAAAAGUUGAGCUUCACAAUCUCUACAUUCAUCAAUUGCAAAAGUGAAAAGAUUAUCAAGGAAUUGAGAAUUAAAAAUUUAUUUUUUAUUUUCACUCUCUUAUUUCCUUAUCUCCUCCCUUCAUUAUUAUUCGCCGAAUCCUUUUAAGUAUCUAUCCAUUACAUUUUUUUUAGAUUAUGUAUUCUUUUGCUAGCCAAAUUAUAAAAGAGAAAUGUUAUGUACCUAUAAUUGAUUCAAUUUAUAAGUUGAGUGUAAUAAUUUGUGAUCGUAACGAUCGCACGAGAAUUUUUAAAGAAAUCUUUCUAAAAAGAUUGAAAACAAUUAAAAUGAGUUUUAAAAAAAAUGGAACAAAAAACAAAUGUUUUUAAAUUUGUGAUAUUUUUUU